CUCUCUCUACUCUCGGAUUCGAAAAUGCUAAUUAGCAUCAAAGUAGACAUUUACAUUUACAUUUAAGUCAUUUAGCAGACGCUCUUAUCCAGACAACAUGCAAGCCUACAAAUCACUGCAAGCUCCUGCAAUUCAUCUCAAGCCAACACAUUUCACAGAACAGUUCAUAGAAUUGUCCAUUGAAAUAAAUGUUGACAAUUUAAUCGUUACUACUUUAAUAUAUAAUAAUAAACUUUAAUGAAAUAAAUGAAAAAUAAACGUUUGGUUCCUCAACUGCGUUGCCCCUCCAGUCAGCAGAUGGCGAUGUGCGUCUUUUAGGUUCAGGCGACGCUGCCAGUGUGACGUAUAAUCUAGUGGACGGGACGCUCCUUCAACAACAACAGACACCUCGGUAGCUUUAUAGCAAACAUAGCUACAACAUUCACUCUCUUUACACUGUUUUGGUGUAUGUUAGUCGCUGUGUAUUAAACACACUUCUGUCGUAUGUACGUGUUGGCCCAUUUAAUUAUAUAACUAUGUUGUUUGUCAGCUAGCUGGUUUGCUAAAUUAGCUUAGAACUGGGCUAGUUGCUAAUGCUAGCUAGCGAACAUCUCCGACCAUGAGUUCACUAAGCUGCUCUCCUGCUAAAGAAGAGGAGGUCUUCUGGACGGAGAAAGAAGCUCUCCUGAAAGAGGAGGAGGACGAGAAGGAUGUUACAAUACAAAAACAAGUAGAGGGUGAGGCUGUUCCCGUGAAAGAAGAAGAGAAAGACGUUUCAGUGGAAGAAAAGGAGGAAACUGGAUAUCUGGGCCCGGUUUCCCCAACGCAUCUUAACGCAUCCUAUGGUUCUGACGGUGAACUUGGCCAUAAGAUGGUUUUGAGAAACCGGGCCGUGAUUAACACUAAUCUCCAGGCUCAAAGCGUCAGUCCACCAGAUCUCCAGGCUCAAAGCGUCAGUCCACCAGCUGAACAAUCAGUCAGACUGGUGAAUGCGACCACUUCCUCUUCUGGGACAGUGGAAGUCUUCUACAGAGGAGAGUGGUUGGGUCUAUGUCCUAGUUGGUGGAGCAUGAUAGAGGUUAAUGUUGUGUGUAGAGAGCUGGACUGUGGGAAUCCUGUAUCUGAAUCUAGAGGACCUCUGAUUGGAGAUGAAAGAAGAGGAGUCGCACUAUAUGGUUGUCGUGGAAACGAGUCUUCUAUUGGACAGUGUGACAUCAUAGGAGGACUUGGUUACUGUCUUAGUGGAUAUUAUCAUCGUGUGACCUGUUCAGAGUCUGUGCGGCUUGUGGAUGGAGCUGGUCUCUGCUCUGGGAGAGUGGAGGUGAAGUCCAAUCAGUCCUGGGCCUCAGUGUGUGAAGCUGACUUUGACCGGCAGGAUGCAGAGGUAGUCUGUAGGGAUGUUGGCUGUGGGGCUCCUGCAGCUCUACAGGGGGGGCUCUAUGGAGGAGGUGAGGGUCAGACCUGGGAUAAAGAGUUCCAGUGUAAAGGCAAAGAGUCCCUUCUCCUGGACUGUGACACCUCAGACAGAGAGAACAACACCUGCCUACCUGGUAAUGCUGUUGGACUCACCUGCUCAGAGCCUGAUGAUGUGAGGCUGGUGGGAGGAGGCAGUCGCUGUGCUGGUGGAGUGGAGUGGUACGACCAGGGAGAGUGGAGGACUGUGGGAACUUUCUCUGACGUGAUGUCUAUAGCUGUAGUAGUGUGUAGACAGAUGGGUUGUGGCUCCAAUGUUUCAGUACUUCCUGGAAACACCAAUAGAGGGUUUGCAGUUUCCUGUUCUGGGUCUGAGUCUUCACUGAGGGAGUGUUUUAGAAGUUAUGAUCUCCUUCCUGGACUCACAGUGAUCUGCUCAGAUCUCCUGGUCCAGCCUGAUAUCUACCUGACUGACCCAAUGGGAGGGUUCUUCAGGGGCCACCAGGGGCCUGAGAUGUUCAGGGGCUACAACUUCACCAUCACCUGCUCCACUCAGCCACAGUACCCAGGAGGCUCCUUCCUCCUCACGUUCACCGGCUCCAACAGAACCCAGAUCCAGCCAGCUGUCAAUCACUCUGCUGCCUUCCUCUUCCCUGCUGCAGAUGACUCCCACCAAGGGAACUACAUCUGUGUUUAUGAGAAUUAUGUUUUCUCUCAUAAUUUCUCCUCUGAGAGUGAGCUCCUCUCCCUCACCAUCACAGCCUCUCCUCUGCCAGCCUUCAUCAUCAGACACGUUGUAGUGCUGCUGAUCCUACUGACAACAAUCAACACCUCCUACCUGUACUACAAGCCCACCAGGAGGCAGAAGAGAGUGAACAGGGUGAGCAGCAUGGAUCUUUAUGUCAAUGCCAUGGAGAUGGUCUCUCUGAGCUCCAGAGCUGAAGCUGGACCGGGAGAGGAGAGAGCAGCCCAGGGGACAGAGUAGGAGUAGAAUGAAGCUGACCCUACAGGCUGAUCUUAGGUCAGUUUUGUGUUUUAAAUCGAUGGUCAGCAGUGGACUGGUGUUUAAAAUGUGGUGACAAACCUGAAGUGGUUCUAAUUUUAAUAACAAGUUCAGAAUGAGUUUAAUUUUCUAGAACCUUGGAAGAAAUCUAAAAGGAGUGAUUGCAACCACCAUUAUUCAUUUAGUUUGUUUUUACCACCAGAUAAACAUGGGGUUUGGGUAACAUGGGGUAA